AUGCAGGCACAGAGUGGGUUUGAGAAGACCAAUAUGAUAAAUACCUUUAUUAAAACUUUUAAAGCUCAAGGAAUCAAAGGGCUAUACAGAGGCUGUAUUCCACCACUCUGGGGAUCUGGUAUUUACCGCUCUGCUCAGUUUGCAGUUUUUGAAGCUGUGUAUACACAUCAAGAUCAGAGUUUUGGAAAAUAUGAAUUACCUGGAACUGGAGGAAUUCAAUUACGUGUAUUGACAGCUGGAAUGUGUGCCUCUACCAUCAGAGCUAUAAUUGAAACACCUUUAGAUUAUGCUAAAGUUAGAGGACAAAUCAGCAAAAAAUGGCAGCUUUCUCAAGUCUAUACGGGUUUUGGUGUGACUUGGGCCAGAACAAUGGGGCUAAUGUGUACAUAUUUUAUAUUGGUGGAUUCUGGAAGGAGACAUUUUCCUGAACAAUUUAAGAAACCUUUAAUAGGUCCAUUUCUGACAUCAGGAAUAGCUGCUACUUUAGCUUGGUGGAUUGUUUGGCCAUUGGAAUAUAUGAAAUGCCAAGUACAGUGUGAUUAUGGAAAGAAUGUGUCAGUAUUAGAGAGAAUGAAAAUAAUUAUAAAAGAGAGAGGAGGGUUUUUUGGUUUAUAUCGUGGUUUAAUGCCAGGAACUAUUAGAAGUUUUCUAGCUAAUGGAACCAGUAUGAUUGUCAUGGUUACAGCUCAGCGUAAAGUUACUGAGUGGGGAUUACGAGACACCUGA